AAGGUACAGUUCCCCUUCUCUAAGUAUCUUCUUUAUUCUAUGGGUCGCUCUUCCUACUGUAGGUCAUGCACCGACCUAUACAAACUUGCAUGGCUUUCGCUCGGACCACCACCUACGCCAUCUCCAACCAACUCGCCCAGCUUGCUGUGUUAAUUCAUCUCCACCACCGCAGCUAGGAAGUUCGUCCUUUAUUCUAUGGGAUGGCUAGGACUGGGACAGUUGGGCUGGUUGAUUAUCGUUCUGUUUGGUUCGGCUACGCAAUUACACACGGUGCGCUUGCAGUACAGGAACAGAUGAGUGAAUAUUCGUUACGCACCUGAAGUUUUUGCCAACUUGCCUAAAGCACUAGCAUGGAGCUUGCCAGGUCGUUCAUGACUGAGAACUGCCCAGCAAAGAAACUCGUACUGCUUCAAGCACUUCGUGCCACUCUCGAAACGCUACGGCCGGACGACCUUGUCAAGAGCGACAGUGCCACAUUUUGCGCGCUCGCCCAGUCGCUCUUGCUCAGCGGCACUCCGAAUGAUUUGGUCGAAGAUAGACAACACGAGAAAAACGAUUUCCCUGGCGUUGCUGAGGCUGCUAGCGCAGGAAUGAUUUGCGCCCACGUCCUCAUAAAGAGCAACGCAUCGGAGUGGACCGAACUACACGACUUUGUGACUCCAUUACAAGUUCUCUGUUUCGCGCACAGCAAAGCUGAAUUGCCUUGGUGCAGUGAAGAGUCAGUCGCGGCAUCGUCAGCACUGUCGUCGCAACUCAAGUGCUUGUUUUGUGUGCCAAAAUUGCUUAUUUCCGUGCUGAAAUACAUUCAACCAAAACUUGCCAAGGAGACCUGGAAGAAGAAUCCUUGCUACAGGCACGUCUACCGGGAAGCGCUCUUCAAGCUUUCGCCGAGUGACAUGUCUGAUGUGCUCCCAAUCGUCAUGGCACCAGCGUUGCUACUUGUAGACGACUAUAUGACACACAAUCAAAGACUUGGUCUCUCUUGUGUUCGCUGUAUCAUUGUCAAUGUUCCUCCAAGUGACCUUGAUCAGUACGGCCGCCUUGAGGUGCUCUUCGAUGCUCUAAAACAUUUGCUGUACGUGAAAGAGGCAGACAUAAUAGUUGAACUCCACACAGGUUUACGAAACCUUAUUUUCAGUGACUACUUGGAUGCUCUUCGCACAUUCCGCGUCGAAGAUGACAGGCGGCAGAAAAUGGCAGAUUACGUGUACUGUGAACUGCUCACGGCAGCUGAAGUGGAGCAGACGUUUGCUCUGCGGAAGGCUUACUCAAGCCAGUUUUCACCAUACAUUAAAUGUCUUGGAAUGGAUGUUGUGAAGUACAUGGAUAAGACGUUACGGGUCCUGUUGGAAUACAUGGAAAUGCAUGACACAGAUGAGCAGAUCUGCAGGAGGAAUGCCUUAUUGUCAUUAGCAAUGCUUAUCAAACAAUCGUGGCCAAGAAUUCAGUUUCAUUUCAGAAGGAUUACAGAGAGCAUCUUCAAGCUGGCCUAUGACCUAUGUGAACAUGGCAACUCUGCUCUGUGGGACGAGAUUGGCAACUGCCUCUACUUGCUGCAACAAUCAUGUCCCAAGCAGUACCGAGAAUUCCGUGAGGAUCUGCUUCUCUUAAAGGAAGAUAAUGUUCCUGGUAUUGCUUCAUUGCUUGCACAUGUGUCCUAGGAAGAUGACAUGAGAAUUGCCGCAAAAGAAGUACGAGGCAGAGAUAAACAGUGCAGCUGUUUUAUUGGUUUUGUGGACAUGUGGCGGCACCCACUAGUGGCCGCUUGCGAAUUUGGCAAUGAAAGAUAUCUUUCAGUCGAGUUUCUGUGAAAACUGUGUCCUGCUCACAUGAAGUUUGUCAAGGUGCACCUCAUUGGGCUACAGAAUAACCACGCUGCAAAGUGCUUUUGUAUGUAUCACUGCCCACAAUGCACAAGGGACAUUGAGUGGACAUUACAAACAUGAGUGGCAAUGUUAACAUAGUACUCAACUAUUGAUUACAUAAACUGUCUUGUCAAAACUUAAUUUGUGGCUAGUGUUAAUUGACCACACCAUUUGUAACAAAAUAUAGUUACCAGCACGUGCAGUAAUUAUAGUGCAAAUUUUUUUUUUUUGCACUUCCAUGUCCAAGGUCUCUUAGUAAAUCACUUGGCUUCUUCUGUUGCAACACAGAGCUCCGUAGUUCACUUGCCUAUUCAAAGUAUGCACAAAUAUAAGCCAUCAGUAAUGCGACCAGGAAUACAAUUACGCUUGUGCUUAAUUCUGUGGGGUAGUUACAAUCAAGUAGUUUUCAUGGAACUGACAUCAUUAUGAAAACACCACUAUGUUGUGUCAUCAAGUACAGAUCAUAUUGUUGUGCAGUGGCCUGCAUGGAUGUUUGUUUUGCACUGCAGCUGUCCCAUCCACACCUUUUAACCCGUCAUCCCCUUGACCAUGAAAAGUAGCAUGCAGGCGACAUUGCACAUGCUGGCAGAAAUAUCUCUGUUUCAUUGAACUUUCUCUCCCUCUCUCUCACCUGACAUUAUGUAGAUGACAAGAACUUUAUUGAAGUCCUGAAGCUCACGUCCAGGGGGACUCGGGAUGAGCUGAUGGCUUCACCCAUGAUGGGACUGGGCAGGUCGAGACCGACCGCAACAUCAUGGGUCUUCUGGAUGGCCUGGAGUUGUAGAUGUUCUGGACACUUGAGGGCGGAUUCCCAGGAGUCCUUGGUUUGAAGUGAAGAGGCCCUUAUGGCUGGGCACAGACAGUACACGUCUUCAAAAUUACAUUUGUAUCCACAA